UUUACGUUGCAAAAUGACGAGCCCGCGGAAAUUUGCCGAGAAAAUAGCCCUUCACAACCAAAAGCAGGCCGAAGAAACGGCUGCUUUUGAUCAGAUUAUGAAAGAGGUUUCAAAUGUAUCAAGGCAACCAUCACCACACAGCCAUAUAGGACAUAAAUCUCACCAUUUACAGCUUGCUCCAACGUUAGGAGCCUACAGAGGAGGUUCCUUGCCGAAUGUUAACCAAUUAGGAAAUAAUUCUAUAGAUUUACAGAAUGCAUUACAUAGUUUAGAAGAUAUAAAAGCUGCAACGACCAGGUCACCUGUUGGAGAUAGAGUUUAUCGUUCACAUCAACGGAGUGGUAGCGGCCAUAGAUCAAGGCACGACACAGCACCAUACCAGACACCUUAUCUGUCACCGCCAAGUGAUACAAGUUGGAGAAGAACGAACUCUGAUUCAGCGCUUCACACGAGUGUGAUGGCACCAAUUGAUCCAUUCCAGAGUCAUGGAAGUAUGUCGCCUGGCUCCCACAGAAGAGAAAUGGUAUUGGAUCACUCAGGUAACACGUUGAAAAAUCCCAUGUGGGAUGCAAAGAAGCAAAUGCAGUCGAGGCCCAGGUCAUGUGAGGUACCAGGAAUCAGUAUCUGCAUGUCGUCGGACCAGACAGAGACUGAAUCCAGCAGUGAACCCAUUCCUAUCUCCAACAAUACCGGUUCCUUGCCAGACCUCACCAACCUGCACAUCCCUUCACCGCUGCCCACCCCUCUGGAUCCAGAGGAUCAGCAGGUAACCAGCUUCAACCACGGAGGGGGUAGCCCCACUAACCUCUCCAGCAGUAUGCCAUCGCCGACACAUCUCAGUAUGGCUCCUACGAAUCACACACAGGUGGUAGGAAGUCCACACAGUCCACAGAUAAGUCCGCAGGUCAGUCCACAAAUGCAGAGGAGACACAUGAGCAAUCCGGGCAGUCCCUUGGGGAUACAUGCACCCAAUGAACAGCAGAGGCGGCAACAUCAACAACAACAUCAACAACAACAUAGACAACAUCAACAACAACAACAACAUUUACAACAGCAGCAGCAGCAACAACAACAAGCACAGCAGGUACAACAACAGCAGCAGCAACAAGCACAACAGGUACAACAACAACAACAACAACAGCAGCAGCAGCAACACUUCAUCCAGCAGGGAAUUUCAUUGGACCAUCAGACACAUCAUCAACAACAACAACAAUUGGGGAAAUAUUCUCAGCAGAUGUACCAACAGGGCCAAGCCCAGGCACAACAACCACAGGCAACUCCUACUCUUACCUUGGAUAUGAAUAAGGCGGGCCUGCAAUACAGGGAGGGUAAAGUAGUGGUCAGCACCUCCUGCACCUCACCUACCUCGCCCGUCUCCAACCCCCAAUACUCCCCGUCCCCCGCCCACUCGCCCUCAGCCACAGCGCCCCAGGCGUCGCCCACCAAUAAAGCAUUGACGGACGCCUACUACCAGCAGCUGCAACACCAGUUUGAGCAGUGCAGCAUGUUACCGCAGGAUGCAGGGUCGCCCACGCCAGGGCAGCAGUUAACGUAUAAUCCACAGGAUCUGUACUGCCAGGGUUUAACCAACCAUCAGUUGAGCGAGGCCGAGCAGGCGUUAUUUUUCCCGCCGGGCGCGUUCUACGGCCAGGCCUACAUGCAAGACCUGACCGGUAGUCAGGAGCUGCUCCAGCCAAACAAGCCGCCCCCGGCCUACCCCCAGUCCCUGUUCAUGCAGCCCACGCACUCUCCCAAUGCCGGCAACAUCCCCGACAUCAUCCUGACAGGUGGGUUGACUGACGGAACCGGUGAGUCGCCACCCCGUCAAGACUUUGCCAAAGAAAUAAGCAAUGCCAUGGCUGGCGUAGACAAUUUUGACCCCUUGUUUUCAACGGACGGCUUCAAGCUGGACCCCCUAGAUCUAGACAGCCUUCAAAUGCUGACGGACAAUGAUAUGGUCGCUGAUCAAGCCACAGAAGAUUCAUUCCGGCUGGACAGGCUGGAUCGGCUCUAGCACUGACCGCCUUGGCGGUCAGAUGGCGAAAGCCACAAGACAGUUACAGUUUGUUUUUUCUUUCUCGGACGGCGAGAGUAGUGAGCUGUCGGAAAUCAAUCCAAAGUAUUGGUACAAAAAUCAAAAAAGGAGGACUGCAGUCGGGGAGUUUUCAGCGAGAAGUGGAAAGAACGACUCCAAGGGCAUUCAAGCAGGUCAGCUGUAUUGAUUGGGUGGGGGCAACAGUAGCGACAUAACAUGGAGCGUUUCACUACUACACGGACAGGCUGCUGGACCAGCUUGAGCACUGAUUGAUAUAUUGGGCCGAGACGGAUUCUAUACAAUCAACAAUCUUCAAAGGCUUGUCAAGAAUGCUCUCUCUCUCCCAAGACAGUGCGGAUGAAUUCACACCGAGUGCAGCAAUGAAAAACCGUCAAAGAAUUCAAAACCUUCAGACUGGACGUCACGUGGCAGGUACAAGCAUUGUCCAUCAAAGCACCAUCGUCCACAGAAGCACCGUCGUAUGCAGCCAACUUGGUUUGAGCAGACAAGAUCAUAAAUUUGCGAAUCACAUUUUAAGUGUUGCUUUGAUGAAAUUGGUUCCCAAACUGAACAUUGUGUUUGGGAUGUUCGGGAUUGUAGAAAUGUAAGCACAUAAUUGUGGUAAGCAAGGUUUUUUUUAACCAUAGCUGCUCUUUGACCUCAGGCACUGGUUGUAACUUCAACAAAUCUCUUGAGCUGUGCUUUUUUGGGGGAUCGUAAGAAGUAAGGACAUAAUUUAGAGGUUUACGGUUCCACCAUGUGAAAAUCUCUCUUGAGUAGUGCGCUGGUUCUGAAAAGGUUCUGUUUCAAUUGGUGUGCUCUGAUCGUCUUCGGGAUCAUCCUUUGUUAAGACGGUACAAUGUAGUUUCCUGAACCAAAUGACUUUAAAGAGAAUGGGAGGAUUAUGGAAGAUGUUUCUCAAGAUUGUUGGAAAGGGAAGAUGAAAGGUUAGUUAAGAUGGAGAAAAUCAGGAGGCAAGCUGGUGUGAGAUUUAGAUCGAAAUGAAGAGUGCCUGAGGCGGAUCGACCAGGAGCGUAGAAUGCCCGUAGUUUUUCAAAAGAAUCCGGCGUUGAUAUUCCUUAUUUUUGGUGUUUGGUUUAGAAAGUAAAAACAAAAAAGAAUAUCCGUAGAGUGGGAUUUUUUUGAACAACUUUCACGACAACCCAAAAGCUCAGGAGAAUGUUUCUGUAAAUAUAAAAAAAAAUGGAAAAGUGUACAAAGUUUUUUUUUUAUAUGGUAGAGUGGAGAAAUGAUGGUAAACCUAUGAUUGAAAAAACCAUUGCCAGAUUUUGUGAUAUGUUCAUUCCAAGUUUAAACCAGGAUACUGCUAUUUUUUUUUCUGUGUGUUUUUUUCGUGUUGUGGGGUCGUAAAUCACAUUGGUUUGGGUGACUGGAAAAAUUUAACUCGUAAGAUUGAUGCAUGGGAUGUACAUGUAGGACACUAAAUGAAGUCAAGAAAAUUAUCUCCUUCCAUCAGAUGGAGUUUGCAUAAGCCAAAAAAUAGUAUUGUGGAGGUUUUCAGAGUCUUAAGUAUUUAGAAUGGAUCGCUCUUGGGGAUCCAGUCCUCGUAAGGAAACUAGAGUUCGUUAUGUGAGCAAAAUAACCCAUCCAAUCCAGGCUUAAGUAUUAUAGUUAAUUCCAUAGAUAGUCUCUCUAUUGUAUGACCGUUCAAUGUUUCAUCCUGCAAUACAAUCAAGGGUUGAAUGCAGUACAACAUUUGGACUACCACACACCACCAGAGACCAGUUUCAUGGCUCUGCUUGCCAGACGCUCAAAAUCAGCUCUUACGGAACCAGGAAAUUUUGCGCUUACGUCUAGCACAUUUCACUGGUAAGCUAGGAACGUUUUCUUGUGCGCGUGCAUACUGUACGUUACUAGAGCUUGCGCAGAAAUUUGGUGCUUACAUAGUAAGCGGAUAAUGGUGAUUGUUAGCACAGAAUUUUGUGCAUAAGCAGAACCAUGAAAUUGGGCCCUAUGCAGCUGAGUGGGAUGGGAAUUGUCAGUCAACUUAACAGCAAACAUCGGAAAGUGGGAUGGUUAACAAAUAUACUGAGGAGCAAGUUUGAGUGCGCACCAUGGUAGGUUAACUUAAGGUCAACUAUUUUGACUCCAACCAAGGCUGGCCAACCAUUUGUUGACGACUGUGGUCGAUCAUUUGGAACCAGCCUCAUGACCGUGGUUGCAUCCAUGGUCGUGAACGCCUGUUCCAUGUGUAAAACUCAGAAGGGAAGCAGUGACACUAACGAAAAGGCUGAAAGCAAUGAGAGUGUUGAAUACUGUACCCAUGGUUGACCGAACGAGUCAGUGGAGUGAGUACAUCACGGGUCGACUAAAAAGUGCUCACUCGAACUUGCUCAAGGCUGGACAUCUAGAUCUCAUUUGUCGCUAUCUCUUGAUGGGUUUCUGUGUGAGCUGCAGUCGGAUUGUUAAAAAGUAUUAAGUGGUGUAGCUUUGAAGCACAGCACCGUGCGUCUUUCAGUUGUUUUUAUUAUGCUGUGAUGAGAAUAAUAAUAGUAAUGGUAAAGACUUGUAAUGUGCACAUAUCCAGCCUGCUGGGUGUUCAAGGCGCAGGAAUGUCUCGGUCUAGAACAGGGGCUGGUUUCAAUACGUUGGUGACGAGGUUCCGACCCUUGAGUUGCCAGAAGGUCGACUCAUUCUUCACCCGAGCAGGGACACAAAGUGAAAAACUAUAACCAGGGUUUGCUCUUGAACUGUUUCAGUGACUACAAUCCUGGCCAUAUCUCGUUGGGCCCCCGCCGCUGGCCCCCGUUCAAUGUUGGUUCUAAUUGUGAUGUAUGCACUCUAGCUGGGGUUAACAACAUUGACGGGGGGGGGGGGGGUGUUUUUG